AUGUGCAGCUCUUGGGUUGUAUUAGUGUUCUGCCUGGGACAACUGUGUGCAGGUCAGAGCCUGAAGCCUCAGAUUGCAACCUCUCGGCUUGCUACAAACAAUCCUACACUUACUACAGUUACUCUAGAAAAACCCUUCUGUAUGUUUGACAGCUCACUGCGUCCAAAUAAAUCUUAUGCCAUCUACUUAUAUGCAAUGAAGGAAUCAGCAAGUGCAGUAAGCUCCCUCGUAAUCAACAGCAGCAAACCAGUUGACAGCACCUUCCAACAAACAAGAGGGGGGCAGCUUGGACCUUACAAGGCUGCCUCGUUCAAUGUUCCCAAUUGUGCAUCACCUCCCAAACUUGCUGAUGUAGGAGACAUUAACAAAGUUUCUGAUGUCCUAAAACAAUACCUCUUCAGAGUCGGGGAUGAUGGGACUUGUUUGUAUGACCCAAACUUCCUAGGUAUCUGUAACCCACCUCUUGCACCAGACACAACAUACAGGUUUAAAUACUUGUUGCUAGAUACCACAGAAGGUAUUGUGAAAGACCAGACUCUCUGGUCUGACCCAAUCCAAACCAGACGAGUUAAACUUCCCUCGAAAAUUGAUACCUGGCCUGGUCGAAGGAGUGGAGACAUGAUUGUUAUUACAUCGAUCCUAAGUGUUCUCAUGUUCCUUCUGCUUGCGGGCUUUCUUGCUUCUGUGUCCUCUGUUGUCAUGAGAACAGAAGAUUCUUCUGCAGAGACAAGGAGAAUGUCUCAGACUAUCCAACAAAGUGAACCAAAACCACAGUUAAGCUCCGAGUGA